AUGAGGAGCAUGGAGGGACUUGGCGCAUGGAAGCAGCUCAACUGGACACGCAAAGGAAGAAGGAGAAGCCAUCUUGAAGACCAGCUCGACCGUCCACUCGACCAACCGGUCGAGUUCCUCAACUCGACCGGCCAAGCUUCAACUCGAUCGAGCUGGGGAGUCAAAGUCAAACCCGAAAAAUGUGUAUGCGAACUCGAUCGAGUCGGUCUAACUGAAGACUUGGUCGAGCUAGACAUUACAACGGGUAGAAAGAGGGUUCAGAGGUCACAGAGGGUACAAGAGGAACCUGAGGUGCUUGUUGCUGAUACAAUGGAUGUACCAGAGGGGAAUGGAAACCCUUUGGGACAUGGACUCGGUCGAGCUAGGCAAACUCGACCGAUUGGUCAAGGAGAUGCUCCAAACCGCCACCAACAGAGACAAGGGAUUGUUCCACCACCAGUGCAGAACCACAACUUUGAGAUCAAGCUGGGAAUGAUCAACCUUGUCCAGAACAAGAUGUUCCAUGGAUUGCCAAGUGAAGACCCCAUUGACCACCUUGAUGAGUUUGAUAGGCUUUGUGAUUUGACAAAGAUCAAUGGUGUCUCUGAAGAUGCCAUCAAGCUGAGACUCUUUCCUAUGUCUCUAGCUGACAAAGCUCACCAAUGGGAGAAGAGCUUGCCCCAUGGCACAAUCACCACUUGGGAUGAAUGCAAGAAGGCCUUUCUUGCUAAGUUUUUCUCCACCGGUCGCACAGCCAAGCUUAGAGGAGAGAUAUCCAGCUUCAUCCAGCGAAACAAUGAGACAUUCGCAGAGGCUUGGGAGAGGUUCAAAGGCUACACAAGUCAGUGCCCACACCAUGGAUUCAACAAUGAAUCACUACUCUCCACUCUUUAUAGAGGAUGCUUGCCUAGGUAUAGGGAGAUGCUAGACACAGCUAGCAAUGGGAACUUCCUCAACCAGGAUGUAGAUGAUGGCUGGCAACUUGUGGAGAACAUAGCUAACUCAAAUGGAAGCUAUGGAGAAGAGUAUGAUCGCACCAACCGGAGCUCGACCCACCACUCGAUCGAGUCAGACGAAAAGUUGAGAAAAGAUGUUAAGGCAUUGAAUGAGAAGUUGGAUAAGCUGAUCCUAGCUCAGUCCACAAUGAAGAAAGUCAACUUUGUGUCUGCUGAGGAGAUGGAACCAGUCCAAGAAGGGGAGGAUACACAAUUUGCUGAGGUAUGCUACAUGAGCAAUGGGCAAGGAGGUUACAACAAAGGAUACUAUAACUACAAGUCCAACCCUGCCAUGUCAUACCGCAACACUGAUGUUGCUAACCCUCAGGACCAAGUCUAUCCUCAACAACAAGCAGCUCGAUCGAGUCAAGGACCACAACAUGGGUAUGGUCAAAAGAACAAUUACCAAGGACCACAAGGCACUUUCCCUGGACAACAAAUGAAUAUCCCACCAGGCUUCCCCCACCAACCGCCCCAGCCUGCACCUUCACAAGAGAAUGAGCUCAAGGCAAUGCUAAAGCAACUACUUCAAGGGCAAGCUGAUGGGGUAGUGGACACAAGCAAGAAGCUAGCUGAAAUAAACUCUAAGAUCGAGAACCUCAACACAAGGGUUUACUCUCUGGAGAAUCAUGCUUCUUCUGUUGCUGCUGCUACAAAGCAAGGACAACUACCUGGUAAAGCUAUUCAGAACCCCAAGGAACAGUGCAAGGUCAUCUUCACUCAAGAAGGACUUGUUGAAGAAGAGGAUCAAGAAAGGGUCAUUGAAGAUUUUUGUUUACUGCUGAAUGAUGAAGAGAUUGUUGCUGCUGAGGCUCCUGGAGUCCAGAUUGAUCAACCAGAAGUGCAUGCACCUACUGUGGCCAUUCACACUUCACCAGUUGAGCUCGCACGACAAGCUCGAUCGGCAGCUCGAUCGAGUCCAACUCUAGCUCGAUCGAGUCCGACCUCUUCUGUCCGACAGCCUGUUUUGCUUGAUCCUUAUCAACCGGUUGCCGCUUCCUCGUCUCGCCUACUUAGUCAAGGUCACAAGGAAGUGAUUCACAAGUUCAGAAGAGAUCUCAGUGGGAUUGGAAUUGAGUUGCCUCUAUGGAUAGCAUGA